AUGACGACCGCGACGGCGGCGAACGCGAUAUCGCUCCCGGAGGAGAGAGAGGUGAAGGUGCUGUGCGACGAGGCGUGCGAAACCGAGCUCGCGACGACGCCGAUGGAGACGCUGCCGAGCGGGUUGCAGUUCAAGGAGAUUAAGACGGGGGAUGGGGAAACCGUGCCGGUGGGGUUUCAAGUCGUGGUGGAUUACAUCGCGAUGGAUGAAAAGGGGAGAAUCUUCGACAACAGUCUCGACAAGGGGAAGCCGAACGACAUCCGAGUCGUCGACUGCGUCGGAUCGAAAGAUUUCAGUUCGUGCACCGUCAUCCCGGGUCUCGACCAAGGGUUGCUCUCGAUGAAGUCGGGCGGAAUUCGUCGCUUGUAUAUUCCGGGUGAGCUCUCGUUCCCGAAGGGGUUGGCGAGCGCGCCGGGACGACCGAAGGUGCCGCCGUUCUCGCCCGUCGUCUUUGACGUCGCGCUUCGAUAUAUCCCGGGUUUCGAUUAA